UUGCUCCAGAAGUGCUGUCUCAAAGUAAACAAACUGAAGUUCGCCAAAUGGCAAGCAGCAUAUGGCGCAUAUGUGUGCCAAAUACACCUCCUUCAGCAAUCCUAUUUAGACACGACCUCCAGUGGUACUGCACUGUUCAACUGUGUUCUGCAGUUCAACGAUAAAGUAAAAGAAGCGUGCGUGAUUUGGGUCUGGUUAAAAUGCCCAGACGAAAAGAAAGGACUUGCUUGUAUAUAAGCAUCCCGGUGAUAUGUAUUAUUAUCAUCGUCGCAGUUGUCUGUGUAGCUCGCUUUAAACAGCAGUGCUCUGUCGGACUUUUCAAGAAAGCAGCAGUGGCGGCGGAUUCGGAGACCUGCUCAAAGAUCGGCCGAGAUAUUCUGAAGUCUGGCGGAUCAGCGGUAGAUGGCGCCAUUGCUACUUUGCUGUGCACGUCAAUCAUAAAUCCUCAGAGUAUGGGCAUUGGUGGAGGCUCUAUAUUCACAAUAAUGGAAAAAAGUGGCAAAGUGAGAGUUAUCAGUUGUAGAGAAACUGUGCCAAAGGGUUUUAAACCAAACCUUCUAGCAGAAUGUCCGGAAACAUUUCAGCCAAAGUCAGGUGUUCAUUGGAUUGGUGUUCCAGGUGAGAUCCGUGGAUAUGAGCGAGCUCAUAAACUCUAUGGACGCUUGCCUUGGAACAGUUUAUUUCAGCCAACUAUCAAGAUGGCUAGAGAGGGCGUCCCUGUCGGCGAUGUACUCGCUCGUUUUUUGCCUGUCCUUUCAAAAGAGAGCCCAGAAUCACCAUUACGCCAGUUGUUCCAAAAUGAACAAGGCGAGCUAUUAAAAAAGGGAGACAUUGUGAAGUUUGUGAAACUAGCAGAGACACUUGAGAUCAUUGCACAAAAAGGACCAGAUGCAUUCUACAUUGGAGACAUUGGGAAACACUUAGUCAGUGAUAUACAAGCUGCAGGCGGGGCAAUUUCUAUGGAAGACUUGAAGUCAUUUAAGGUGUCCGAAUCGGAUGCCUGGGAUGUAACUUUAGGGCAAUAUGACAUGUACUUUCCUCCACCACCAGCAGGGGGUGCUACACUUAGCUUCAUACUCAACACUAUGCUAGGUUAUAAUCUAAACCAAGAAUCUCUUAAGGGUAAAGAAAAAGUGUUAACAUUCCAGCGGUACGUAGAAGCCUGCAAAUUCGCCAACGGGUUAAAGAAGUUCAUGAAAGAUCCCAACUUCUCUUCACAAACGGAAGCGGUAGAGAUCAUUCAGAAGCUUUUUGCGGAGAAGGUGAGGGCAAAAAUCACCUCUGACCGCACUCAUGAUGUCGGCUACUACAACGUGACUCCGCACCUGGACUCACAUGGCACGACUCAUGUGUCUGUAAUCGCAGAGGACGGUACGGCCGUGUCUGUCACCAGCACUAUCAACUACAUAUUUGGAUCCACAGUUCUCUCUCCCAAAACAGGCAUCCUCCUCAAUAAUGAACUUAUAGAUUUCUGUGGGAAGACAGAUAAAAUUCAUGCUGGCGAGCAGCCUCCUUCCUCCAUGUCUCCAGUAAUCCUCCACUCUCCAUCUGAGAAGCACACGGUGGUCAUAGGGGCAUCAGGGGGCAGCAUGAUCAUCACUGGUGUGGCACUGACCAUUAUGAACUUCCUGUGGUUUGGCAAGAACCUGGAAGAUUCCAUCGCUGCCCCGGUGGUGUAUGUGGACUCCAAAAAUAUUCUCAGCUUCGAGCCCUCCUUUGAUGAGGCAGUCGUAGAAGCACUCACCAAGACUGGGCACAAAAUUCAGGGCCCACGGAUGUUUUAUAACGUGGUUAACGCAGUAUCAAAGGAAGAAAAUUGUAUAGACGCCGUAUCUGACUUAAGAAAAAUGGGAAAAGCUGCAGGCUACUGACCUGGAGUGUAGCCGGGGACUCUUACACCAGGUGACUCUAAUCCGCUGGAUGCAAGUACAUUACAUGAAUCCCUUCAUAGAGUAGAGGUCACUACAGUGGACAUCUAAAAUCUUGAGGAAUAUAAAACAAUACUUGAAAGCAGUGUUUCACUUUGAACAUUAACUAAGUUGUCUGCGUAAUGAGUGAAUUUGUCCACAGUCCAACAGAGAAGAUGAGUUUGUCACCGUACUGUAAAACUGAAGUGAUAAGAACUUAAUCUUCUAAACGUACGUAACUUAAUUUCUUUACACAUUUUUAGUUGUUAUAAAACGUAUGAAAGAUAUAAAGGAGCCUUUGUAUGAGUAACAAACGAUUUACAUAAAGUCCUUUUAUUAUUUCUGUUUUGUUUUCACAAUUUGUGUAAUUAAUACAUUAUGUCUGAUAUCUGAGUUAUUAAAGAACUGACAACAGUU